AUGUUACCUCUGGGCCUCCUCACGGCCGCGCAAGGCCACCCCAUGCUCGUGGAACUCAAGAACGGAGAAACCCUCAACGGACACCUCGCCAAUUGCGACAACUGGAUGAACCUGAUACUCAAGGAAGUUGUUCAGACCAGCCCCGAAGGUGACCGCUUCUUUCGCCUACCCGAAGUCUACGUCAGAGGAAACAAUAUCAAAUACCUACGAAUCCCCGAAGAGAUCAUAGAAAUGGUGAAGGAGCAACAGCAGAACCAGUCGAAUAAUCGCAACCGCGGUCCGCGAAGCUCGACGCCGAGUCCUCCGCGAAGAUGUCUCAGCAACCUCUCCCCCAAACCGACCGACGCCAAUAUCUUAGUCGUUGAAGAUAAUGCCGAGCAAAAAGAUGUUCCCGGAUCAAUACCCGACCAGCAAUCCUCCGAUUCUCAGGAUGCAGAUGCGCAAAAUACGGGCGUUCGGCCGGGGGCCCUCUUGACCCCAAUGGAACGAUUGACCAAACCUCCUCCCGGUGUACCCAAGUACUUUAAACAUAUACCUUCGCAGCGCCUCGAGAACCGACUUCAAGAAAGAGUGCCCCGACAUCCGAGGGUUCUGAGCGCGACCCAGAUCUUGCGUGUCCUGAUCCUAGACCGGCAUAUCCGCCCUGAGAUGCGACACUACCGGGGGUUGAUUUUCGCCAAUUCGGACCCCGAACGUGGAUCGCCACAUGCCGUUCGCGCGUUACUCAAGGAGAUGGAAGAGAAUGGAAUCCCGACUGAUUCAGGCACACUUCAUGCGGCUUUACAGGUCCUUGCGGUUCAUCCGGAUUACCUGCUACGUCAAGAGAUUGUGCGCACGCUUCGGGACCGAUGGUUGCCGUUAAGCCCGGUUGGGUGGCAUUAUGUGGUUGCUGGCCUGAUCAGGGAACACCAGUUCGAGCUGGCCCUGGAUCAUAUUGAACAGAUGGAGAGGAAAGGCACGAUGGUGGAAAGUUGGCUGCACAGCUUACUGAUCUAUUAUCUGUGCGAUUUCGGAGAGUUCGAUGAGGUGGUCCGGCUGAUGCGCACGCGGACAAACCAAGGUCUGGAAAUGACCUCGACGCUGUGGUUGUAUGUGCUGGAUGUAGCCAGCGCCGCUUUCCAUUACGAAACUACACGGUACAUCUGGAGACAGAAGGUGGAACUGAGAUACCUAAGCCCCGAAUAUCCGCUGUGCAGCAGUGUCCUCGCCGUGGCGGCCCGCGCUGGAGACACCGAACUCGCUGCAUCGGUGUUUAGCUUCCUCGCCGAAGUCGACAUACCGCCUCAAUUAGUUGACUACGAAAGGAUGGUGGAAGCGCAUGCCGUGUCCGGGUCCCCGUAUUCGGGAUUUGAAGUGCUCUGUAAGAUGCACAUGGCGGGGAUGGCGCUGGAAGACCGCUCCACGCGUGUCCUCCUUACUCACAUGAUCCAGAAGCAGACGCCACCCCGGGACGCAUGGGUCAUGCUUAAAAGGCUGAAGGCCUCGAAGCUCAGAGUACCGCUUGAAUGUGCCAAAGUGGUGUUGGAGAUGUGCGAAUACGAAGCCCUUGAUAACCCGUCUGUGGUAGACGAUGGGAUUGCCUUCUACAAGGAAUUAUACGCACUAUGUCCGGACAAGGCGGACGUCUCUGUCUACAAUGUGCUCAUUGGGAUGUGUCGACUAGCUCACAAUACCGAGGCGGGAAUGUUCCUGGUGAAGGAGAUGGCGGCCCUGGGCGUGAUCCCGGAUCAGGGGACCUUUGAGCAUCUCAUCAUCAUGUGUCUGGAAGCAGGCAACUUCGAGUCGGGAUACAUGUACUUCCAAGAUCUUCUAGGACAAGCGGCCCGCCCCAGCGAGGAGGCACGCGCAGAAAUCCGGGAGAUCUGUUCCCAGUCGACGGACCCUUUUGCGUCCAUGCUGAAGCAACAUCCGCAGAUCCAAGAUGGGUCGGUCGGGUGUCUGGUUGACGAGAUCAGUAACACUCACGAGCCGCUCGAUACGGCUGAGCCGGACGGGGACUCGUUUCAUCGCUCGGGACAGUCCCGUGCAGAGGUGCAACAUCUGGUGUCGCACAAGCAGCGACGGGCCGCCGCCAAGGAGAGACGCAAGAGAAAGCGAAGAAGGGAGGCCAUUGCAAAGGGGCAAGAGGAGGAUGGAUGGCUGGAGUAUGAGCCGGGGGGCCUUGUCCCCGAGGAUCAGCUGGGCGAGAAGAGCGGUUGA